AUGUCAUCAUCUUCAUCCGAUGAAGUCGAAGAAAGACUGGAAGAAAUUUUUGAAGAAAUCGUCGAAGAUACAUACAAUGAAAUAGUCCAGUCCCAAACCAAUAAGCAAAGGAGACGUGCUUAUAUAGAACGAAACCGUGAAGCAGGACACAACCGUUUAUGGAAUGACUACUUCAGCGAAGAUUCUACAUUCUCUAGACAAUUAUUCAGACGCCGUUUCCGCAUGAAUAAGGAAUUAUUUAUGCGUAUUGUCGAUGGCCUCUCAGAGAACGUUCCAUUCUUUCAACAAAGAAGAGAUGCAACCGGUAGGUUAGGCCUUUCUCCACUACAAAAAUGUAUGGCAGCUAUUCGUCUGCUUGCUUAUGGUGCAGCGGCUGACACGGUAGACGAAUAUCUCCGACUUGGUGAAAGCACGGCACUUUCGUGUUUACACCAUUUCACUGACGGAAUAAUACAGUUAUUUGGAUAUGAGUAUCUACGAAGACCCACACCAGAGGAUCUUCAACAACUGCUCAAUAUUGAAGAGAAACGCGGGUUUCCUGGGAUGGUGGGAAGCAUUGACUGCGCAAAAGACGUGGCGGCUACUUUCAACGGUAUUGCCAAUUUCACUGACGUGGCAGCUACUUUCAACGGUAUCAUCCGCGCUCUAAGAGAAAAGGAAACAAGACUGAAAGCAUCAAGAAUGCACAUUUACGUAAGAAGAGGUGGUCCUAAUUAG